CCGGUGCUCCGUCCCGGGUUUUGACGCUCACCGUCCGCCUCACGGGAAGCUGGCUGAUAAAUAGAACCGCAAACUGAGUUUAUCCCCUAAAAAAUGGAUUAAUUUAGUUUUCCAGCGGCCCGUCGGAGUCAGCAGCCGGCCGCAGGAUGUCGAGCCCGGCAAGGAGCGGAGAGAUCAUCCACCUGAACGUCGGAGGGAAGCGGUUCAGCACCUCCAGACAGACGCUCACCUGGGUUCCUGACUCCUUUUUCUCCAGCCUUCUUAGCGGCAGAAUCUCGACUCUGAAGGAUGAAACCGGAGCUAUCUUCAUCGACAGAGAUCCGUCUCUGUUCACCACCAUCCUCAACUUCCUGCGAACCAAAGAGCUGCAUCCUCGCUCCAUCAACGUGCACAUGCUCAUGCACGAGGCCGAGUUCUACGGCAUCACGCCGCUGGUGCGGAAGCUGCAGCUGUGUGACGAACUCGACAGAUCCUCCUGUGGAAACGUUCUGUUCAACGGAUACCUGCCUCCACCAGUUUAUCCGGCGAAGCGUCGAAACCGCCACAGCGUCGCCGGCUCUCAGUUCAUGGCGGGUCGAGUGGUUCCGGUGGAACGAGCUCCGGUGAGACGCAGCAACACGAUGCCGCCGAACCUGGGGAAUUCUGGGAUGCUGGGGAGGAUGGGCGGCGAGGAGAGGACGUCUGCAGGUCCGUCCUCAGAUCCUGGGAUGGUUCGGAUCAUCUGCGGUCACCACAACUGGAUCGCCGUCGCCUAUGCUCAAUUCGUCGUCUGCUACAGGGUAAAGGAGUCGACCGGCUGGCAGCAGGUUUUCACGUCUCCUCGUCUCGACUGGAUGAUUGACAGAGUCGCCCUCAACGCCAAGGUGAUGGGCGGCUCGCUGGGAGACAACGAUAAGAUGGUGGCCGUCGCCUCGGUGACGGAGAUCAUCCUCUGGUCCAUCUGCCCCGACGGCAACGGCAACGAAAUCGGCGUCUUCAGUCUGAAUGUCCCGGCUGAGGCUCUCUUCUUCGUUGGUAACCAGCUGAUCGCCACCAGUCACACCGGGAAGGUUGGAGUCUGGAACGCCGUAACCAAACACUGGCAGAACCAGGAUGUGGUUCCCAUCAGCAGCUAUGACACCGCUGGUUCCUUCCUGAUCCUCGGCUGCAACAACGGAUCCAUUUACUACAUCGAUGUUCAGAAAUUUCCUCUGAGGAUGAAGGACAAUGACCUUCUGGUGACGGAGCUCUACAGAGACCCGACUGAAGACGCCAUCACUGCUCUGAGCGUCUACCUCACUCCUAAAACCAGUGACAGCGGGAACUGGAUCGAGAUCGCCUACGGGACCAGUUCAGGGACGGUCCGAGUCAUCGUCCAGCAUCCAGAGACGGUCGGUUCUGGACCUCAACUGUUCCAGACCUUCUCCGUCCACCGCAGCCCUGUUACCAAGAUCAUGCUGUCUGAGAAACACCUCAUCUCAGUCUGUGCAGACAACAACCACGUCCGGACCUGGACGGUGACUCGGUUCAGAGGGAUGAUCUCCACUCAGCCUGGAUCGACUCCUCUCACCUCCUUUAAGAUCCUCAGUCUGGACGACGUGGACGGACACGGAGGCUGCAGCGCCGGGACCGAGAUCGGUCCGUACGGAGAAAGAGACGACCAGCAGGUGUUCAUCCAGAGAGUCGUUCCAGACACCGAUAAACUCUACGUCAGACUGUCGUCCAACGGAAAGAGGGUGUGCGAGGUGCGCUCGGUGGACGGGACCUCCAUCACAGCCUUCAUGGUCCACGAGUGUGAAGGUUCUAGUCGGAUCGGUUCUCGUCCUCGCCGCUAUCUGUUCAGUGGACACGGGAACGGCAGCAUCCAGAUGUGGGACCUGACCACCGCCAUGGAGAUCGCCGGGAAGGUCGACAUCAGAGCGCUGGGCGGGCCGACAGAGGAGGAGCUUCUGGAGCUGCUGGACCAAUGUGACCUGGCUCUGACCAGAACACCUGACAGCACGCCGAGAGCCUCCACCUGCAGUCUCCACUCUCAGCUAGGCGACGUUUUCCGGUCGGAGCGUCUCCAUUCGGCUGCCAGUCGAUCAGCCGGAGCUUCGGAUUCGUCGGCGUCUCUGUGCGGCAGCCUCCCCCGCCCGGCUCCGCCCCCCAUCCCCCUCGCCAAACCCACCCGAGACUCCGCCCCCUCGACCGGGCCACCGACCCUCGCCGCCUCCAGCCCCCGCCCCCUGAGGCAGCCGGACCGGGACUGGGGUUCGGUGCGGAGGGGCAGCUUCGUGGAGCGCUGCCAGGAGCUUGCCAAGGGUUCGGAGGCCGCAGCGAGUUCGGGGUUCUGCGUGCCGCUGGGGUUGGAUGGCGUGAGGCGAAGCUUAGCGGUCUGCAGCGAGCUGGAGGCCCGGUUCGGGCUGCGGACGCCGACCACCUUCUCCGUGUCUCCUGGAGCUCGCCACUCUCCCGGAACGCCAUCGUCAUCGCCGCUGUCUAACCCGUCGCAGCGCAGGACCACGCCCACCUCCCCGACAAGCCCCUCCCCCACCGCCGUGAGUCCGACCCGCUGUCAGGCACCCGCCUCUCCUCGCCGCGGUGCCGCAGCGUCACCUGGUGAUGUCACAACGUCACCUGAGAGUCCAACCAGUUCAGACAGCGGCAGCAGCGCCAUCACGGGACCGUCCACCAGCCCCAAACCUCACAUGAACGAAACCAGCUUCUGAUCAACGGCCAAUCAGCACGCAGCUGGAGUCCUGUUGCCAUGGUUACCACGGACUGUUGGUUGUUUCCGGGCAACAAGAUGCCGAAAAACAAACAAACUGAUGUCAGGAACCAAAAUAAAACAACAGAAGAAGAAGAAAACUGAAGUAAACCUGCUGCGAUCAAUGAUAGAGAUCAUCAGUGAUGAGAUUUAUUGGUUAUCUGCAGGUGUAUCGAUUAUCUGCAGGUCUAUCGGUUAUCUGCAGGUCUAUCGAUUAUCUGCAGGUCUAUCGGUUAUCAGCAGGUCUAUCAGUUAUCUGCAGGUCUAUCGAUUAUCUGCAGGUCUAUCGAUUAUCAGCAGGUGUAUCGAUUAUCUGCAGGUCUAUCGAUUAUCUGCAGGUCUAUCGGUUAUCAGCAGGUCUAUCGGUUAUCUGCAGGUCUAUCGGUUAUCUGCAGGUCUAUCGAUUAUCUGCAGGUCUAUCGGUUAUCAGCAGGUCUAUCGAUUAUCUGCAGGUCUAUCGGUUAUCAGCAGGUCUAUCGAUUAUCUGCAGGUCUGUCGAUUAUCUGCAGGUCUAUCGAUUAUCUGCAGGUCUAUCGGUUAUCUGCAGGUGUAUCGAUUAUCAGCAGGUCUAUCGGUUAUCAGCAGGUCUAUCGAUUAUCAGCAGGUCUAUCGGUUAUCAGCAGGUCUAUCGAUUAUCAGCAGGUCUAUCGGUUAUCAGCAGGUCUAUCGAUUAUCAGCAGGUCUAUCGGUUAUCAGCAGGUCUAUCGGUUAUCAGCAGGUCUAUCAGUUAUCUGCAGGUCUAUCGAUUAUCUGCAGGUCUAUCGAUUAUCAGCAGGUGUAUCGAUUAUCUGCAGGUCUAUCGAUUAUCUGCAGGUCUAUCGGUUAUCAGCAGGUGUAUCGAUUAUCUGCAGGUCUAUCGGUUAUCAGCAGGUCUAUCGGUUAUCUGCAGGUCUAUCGGUUAUCUGCAGGUCUAUCGAUUAUCUGCAGGUCUAUCGGUUAUCUGCAGGUCUAUCGGUUAUCAGCAGGUCUAUCGAUUAUCAGCAGGUCUAUCGGUUAUCAGCAGGUCUAUCGAUUAUCAGCAGGUCUAUCGGUUAUCAGCAGGUCUAUCGAUUAUCAGCAGGUCUAUCGGUUAUCAGCAGGUCUAUCGGUUAUCAGCAGGUCUAUCGGUUAUCAGCAGGUCUAUUGAUAAACAGUUUGUGGAUCCAGAAAUAAAUCAGCUGCUGUUUGUUUGUUUUGCUCCUCUGCUGAAAACACAAGGUCUGUUUGUUUUUUUUUAAUUAAAAGUUUGUAGAGAAA